GCUCACAGUAACGCGCGCACGAUUCAGAGAGACCCCGGAAACCGCCAGACAAGGUACUCUCACUGGAGCGGGCACUGCGCAUCGCCGCUCAGCACGAACCUUCAUCUUCUACUUGCCAACUCACGAACAUACCUUGGCGGCGACCAUCUAGGGAGCAGGGAUAUCAACUAUGGACGGCUGGGGAAAACUACAGUCAAGCUUCUCGGGCCUCAACCUUGGCCAAUCUGCCAACAAGUUUGCCAAGGGCUUCAGCUCCAGCGUACAGGCUACAAAGGAGCGAUUGGGUCAGGUUGCCCCAGAUGAGAUCACCGAACUGCCCCAAGAGUACAAGGACUUGGAAGCUCGUGUUGACGCGCUCCGUCAAGCACAUCUGACUCUCCUGAAGAUUACGAAGGUAUACGAAUCCGAGACCUACGACUAUCCUACCCAAAUUCAGGAGUCUAUCGCUGAACUCGGCACAUCUAUCGGCCACAACAUCACUUCGUUUGCAGCCGCUAACCUUAAAGGCACUAACCUCCCUGCGCCAACUCCAACCGCCCCUCCUGAACAUCAACACAAGACCCUUCCUCAUGCUCUCGGACGUGCUGCUACCAAUGCUGCCUCUGCUGUCCUUAUUACCCCCGAAGGAACCGUAGGCGAUCAUAAGCUAGGCAAGGCAUUGCAUGGAUAUGCAGGUGCCUGGGAGAAGAUUGCGGAGGCGCGGGUUGAACAGGAUGCUUCUAUCAAGGCGAACUUCUUGCACCCAUGGCAGGGUACGCUCAAUAGCUCGAUCGCUAUUGCUAUGAAGGCUAGGCAAGCGGUUAGGGUGAGCCGACUGGAAUUGGAUGCCGCUAAGCAAACCUUGAAGAACGCAGGCCCGACGAAGCAAGAGGCGGCUCGCAUUGAUGUCGAGAAUGCGGAAGACGACCUCGUCCAGAAGACUGAGGUCGCGAUUACGUUGAUGAAGACCGUUCUUGAGAACCCUGAGCCACUCAAGGACUUGAACGAACUCGCCAAGGCACAACUCAUGUUCUACGCAACCGCCGCCGAAGCUCUAUCAACCGUCCAAGGCGAGAUCGAAGAACUCAGCGUCGCGGCCGAAGGCGAAUACCGGAAGUCGAGAGACCACUGAGAUAAUACCACUGUCGCCUUGAUUCAAUUGGCUCGAUUGUCUCAAUUGUUACCAUCCAAGACUUAGAUUGGAUCAUAGGAAAGGAAAUGGACUCUUUUUGGUAUCAGUAUCACGACUUGUAGCCUGAUUGAUUGUACUUAUGCCCAGCCCUCUGCACUCUCUUUCCUUUCGUUGUUCGCCUCGUCUGCCCUGUUUGCUACGCGAAGAUGUACGUUUAUAGUUCAACUUAAGCUUAUUAUUAUGCCGUGUUCGUUCUUACAACCCAUGACAUCUUUGUACGCCUCAAAUCCACAUCAGGCGAAAGAUUCGGGACUAGCUCGUCAUAUGUUCUUUCGCUAUCAUGAAGACCGUAGCAAAGGAUCUGAACUAGAUGACACUCGUCGGACCAUCGGCAGAUUCAGCCCAACCAUCUUGUGGAUACGUGCGAUACCACUCUACGUGGUCGAAUAUUAGACUCGUUGCGUGGGUAGGCAUGAAGCUCAUUAUCUUCAGUUCGCAGAAGCGUGGCCUGUGAUAUUAGCCGACACGACGACUCAGUUGCCAUUGUAUGUUCGUAGGGG